AUGAAGACCGCCUCCAUUCUUUCCACUCUUUUCGCUGUUGCCCUCGCGGCCCCGGCUCCGUCCUCUCACUACCAAAGUGUAAACUCUCCCAUCAAACGCCAAGCCCAAAACUUCCAGACGUUCACUGGGGCCCUUGGUGGUGUCGCUGCAACACCCAUCACCGACUCUGGAAACCCUGACCGCAAAUUCCAAGUCAAGGGCGAUACGUUCGUCAACAUCGGAGCCGCGCUGCAGCGUAGCUGCGAUCAACAGUUCAAUGCUUGCGCGAACAAAGCCAACGGCGGAGACAAGACUUUGAGCGUGUCGGCGUGCUCUGAUCAGCAGACGCAAUGCAAUGCUGCCGGGCAGGGCAACACUGGCGCGUCUGCUAACCAGGCCGCUGCUGCUUCCAACUCGACUGCUACCGUCGCUGCUGCUUCCGCCUCGAACAACACUGCUGCUGCCGCUAACCCAUGCGACACUGCUAGUGCGACCGCUGGAUCGAAUGCAUCUGCUAACUCGACCGCCGCCGCUGCUGCCGAUGCCUCGAGCACUACUGCCGCGAAGAACCCAUGCGACACUGCCGCAGCGAGCGCCGGAGAUGCGAAAAAGAACAGCGGAAACUCCAAAAAGGACGACGGAAAGUCGAAGAAGAACGACUCUAAGAAGGAUGACUCUAAGAAGAUGGACUCUAAGAAGAUGGACUCUAAGAAGAUGGACUCUAAGAAGAUGGACUCUAAGAAGAUGGACUCUAAGAAGAUGGAUGGAAACUCCAAGAAGAACGACGCCAGCAAGAAGAACGACGGAAACUCCAAGAAGAACAACGGAAGUUCCAAGGACAGCGGAAACGACAGCAAGGGCGCGAAAGCUAAUGCAGAUGCUGCGAACCCGUGUGACAAGACCACUAAGAGGUUCGUCGGUAACAGGAGGUCGAUCGCUGAGCGUCGUGCUAUCACCAGGCGCUUCAAGAUCGCCUAG